UUGCAUAGUAUAAAGUUUGAUCCCGAGACUUGAAGUACAUAUACUAAAGUAUUAACCACUAAGCUAAUUUUUAUUUAAUGUUAUUAUCAUACAGUAUUUUAUUAAUAAAUAAAUUUUUUUUCUUAUUUCAGGCAUAAUCCGGACCUAAUAAAUAAUUCUUAACUUAAAAACGGAGUUUCCCGCAAAAAUUAGAACUAUUUAGUUGAUGGUGGUAAGAGAGUUUGGGCCCUAACUACAAUAAGUUUUGGAUCAAAUGUCUAAUAACUAACAGUACUCAAGUUUCCCCCUCCUUUCUUCGCUCCUGCUAUCAACAUUUUCAAAAAAAAAAAAGGCAACAAUGGCGGCAUCACUGAAGUUCUACUGUCUAUCAAUUGUUCUUUCACUGACGCUUCUUUUCAUCGCUUCUUUUGCCGAUAAUCCUUCUUCUCUUCGUCUUCUCGAAACUAAUUCCUCAAUUCGGCGCUUGCUUCAAACUUCUGAUCAGCAGAAUCUUCUCUACGAUUUCUAUCGCUUCAGUUGCCCUAAUGCUGAAACCGUCGUUUUCCAAAACAUCCGAGAUACCGUCGCCGUUGAUACCAAGACUGCCCCUCAGCUUCUCCGGCUAAUGUUCCAUGAUUGCUUCAUUCAGGGUUGUGAUGCGUCUCUGCUUCUAGAUGAUAGUAAUGGGAAUCAAAAUCAUUCAAUAGAGAGAAAUGCCUUCCCAAAUCAGACUCUCAAGGGGUUUGAUCUUAUUGAUCGGAUCAAACAAGCAUUAGAAACUGAGUGCCCUGGUGUUGUUUCGUGUGCCGACAUUAUUACUCUGGCCACUAGAGAUGCUGUCAUUUUGUCUGGAGGACCAUUUUUCCCUGUCCUCACUGGACGAAGAGACAGCCAGGCAUCAUACUUCGAUGAAGCAAACCAGCAGAUACCAAGACCAGACAGUGACAUAACAGAGACGCUUGAUCUGUUUUCACAGAAGGGUUUCAAUGAAAAAGAAACUGUUAGCCUCUUGGGUGCACACAACAUAGGAAAGAUUGGCUGCGAAUUUAUUCAAAAACGGCUCUCCAACUUCAGAGGCACUGGAAACCCUGAUACCUCCAUCCCUGCAGAGUUCUUGGCUGAGCUGAAAAGAAUCUGCAAUUCAAAUGCAUCUCCCAGUCCUUCUCCAUCCAGACUUAGGAAUUUGAUGGAAUCUGCCACUGGCCUGCCUUCUUUGCAGUCCUUAGCGCCAUUUAUUUUCUCAGGCUCAGGUUUUGAUUCACAUUACUACAAGGGUGUCCUCAUGGGACGGGGCUUACUUUAUGCAGAUCAGCAACUGAUGGCAGAUCCCACGACCGCUAAGCUGGUAGAAGUUUUUGCAUCAGAUGAUGGUUUAACCUUCCGAAGAGAAUUCUCCAAGUCGAUGUUGAAGAUGUCCAAUCUUGGAUUUCUCACCGGCUCUCAAGGUGAGGUGCGUACCAGAUGCUCUUUACCAAACGGCAGCUGAUCUCUGCUUUAUCAUCAGGUUCACUGAUUUCUUGGUGAACUGCACAAAGUGCGUCCCUAAUCAACCACAGUUCAUAAACUUUCUAACUCACUCUCGUGAACUUUUUCUCCAUAGUGUGUUCUUGAGGAGGUAACUUGUAGAUUAUCUAAGCCUCUUCAGGGCUAAAAUUUGGAUAUUGGUUAGUAGUGACUGGCAGGUCUAGAUAUACUGCAGUUUUCCGCUGUAAAUGAUACAAGUAUUACAUACAAAUCCUUAAUGUACAGUGUUGCAUCAAAGUCUUAGUAGGUAAGUGUUUUUCCAUGUAAAUGGUAGUCUCCUGUAAUAAUUGAAUGAUUGAUUGUGAUUCUAUACAAACGCUGCAUUUCUGCUA